GCAAUUUUCUAUUAUUCACAUUGUAACCUAAAAGAGCUUCAAUUGGUCUAAAAAUGUAUUAUGUUUACCAUUUGCCAUUUCUCUGUCUACCUUGAAAAAGUAACCAUUCUACAAGAAGUGUGGGCUGUAUGUGAAGUGUCAGAUGCAGGUUGCAGGGAAAUGAGCGCAGCGCGGUACAUUAGAACCCUAGUUGCUAUCCAAACACAAAUAAACAGAGAAGAACAUUGGAGUUGAUCAGCGCGAGAAGGCGUGGCGGAGGGCGGGCUGGGAGCUCGGAGUGCCCCGAGCCCUGAAAAGUGAAGGACCUGUGCUUUUCACGCGCACUACAGCCCAACUCCGAACAGAGCAGACACAGAACAGAACAUUGAACUCCUGCGUUUGGCGUCCCUUGAACACUACAGCCAUCGUUACUUUCUAUCUUUUUUCCCCGACUCCUUUGCCACAGUGCGCAAAGUCUACGCAUCCCAACAGAUCUGGGUCGCAGAGGUAUGGCGAUGAGACUUAGAUGGACGAAGUUGGAAAACUUUUGCUAACGUUAAAGUGGACUUGGUCGCCUGUCUAAGGCGUUGUGGAUUACUGAAACUGCCGAACUCACUGCGGGGUGACCUUUGGCGUCUAUUUAUUGGGGGACCUUGACUGUGGUAAAGUUUUGCCUAACCGUGAAGCUUUCAACCGCCGAGAUGGGGAGCAAAGCCCUGCCCGCUCCGAUCCCUCUCCACCCGUCUCUCCAGCUCACUAACUACUCGUUCCUUCAGGCGGUCAACACUUUCCCGGCGGCAGUCGACCAGCUCCAGGGACUGUAUGGGCUCAGCGCCGUGCAGACCAUGCACAUGAACCACUGGACACUGGGCUAUCCGCACAUGCAGGGAUUGAGGUCGACCAUCACUGAGAUGGCUGCAGCACAGGGCUUAAUGGAUCCCCGCUUCACCUUCACGGGGCUGCCAUUUGCCGCGCACCUCUUUCAUCCAAAACAGGGCAUUACCCACGUUAGUAUCCCCGGACUGCACAAAGACCGGCCACCGCGCUUUGACUUUGCCAACCUGGCGAUAGCUGCCACCCAGGAGGACCCACCGAAGCCAGGGGAUCUUUCGAAGUUGACCGCAGGGCUAGGGGGUGCGAUCUCUGAGCUCAACAAACUGUCGCCUGAUAGAAAACCCACCCGAGGAAGGCUUCCGUCAAAGACGAAAAAGGAAUUUAUUUGCAAGUUCUGUGGCAGGCAUUUCACCAAGUCGUACAAUCUGCUGAUCCACGAGAGGACCCACACGGACGAACGACCGUAUACCUGUGAUAUCUGCCACAAGGCCUUCCGAAGGCAAGACCACCUGAGGGAUCACAGAUACAUCCACUCCAAGGAAAAGCCCUUCAAAUGUCAAGAGUGUGGGAAAGGAUUUUGUCAGUCUCGAACUCUAGCUGUUCAUAAAACAUUACAUAUGCAGGAAUCUCCUCACAAAUGCCCCACAUGCGGAAGAACCUUUAAUCAAAGAAGUAACCUGAAAACUCACCUUCUUACCCAUACAGACAUCAAGCCCUACAGCUGUGACCGCUGCGGAAAGGUGUUUCGGCGCAACUGUGACUUGCGACGGCACAGUUUGACGCAUACACCGCAUCGAGACUACUAGCCUAUCUGCGAAGGCUGAUGGACAGCUAAACAAACAAACAAACAAAUAAUAUGGACAUAAGCAGAGGACACAACAGUGACAAAGAACGUUUUCUUUUUUCAUUGAAAGAAUAUCACAAACUGAACUGUGGACAAGCAAUAUUACAAUGGACUGAUUAACUGCGUCUCAAGUGAAAGUCAAGGAACCCAGACAGACGGCUGUCCUACGUCACCUGUAAAUAAUGAGACUUUUGGAGCCCAUGUAAAAUAAUGUAUUUUUUAUUUUCUUGUCAUUGAAUUUAAAAUUUGUAUAAAAACAACCGUAAUGUUUAAAGUAUGUUAAAUUGUAUUUUAAAAAUAAAGCAAGUUAAAUAUUUUCA